AUGGCGGCGGCCGGCGGGGAGCGGGGCCGCACCAGCUUCCAGCGCAGGCCCGGGGCCGGCCCGCGGCCGCCCGCGCUGCCGGGCACUCGGCCCUCGGUGCGCCACGGGCAGCUGCUGCUCUCCAGCGGGCUGCCCUCCCUGGACUGUGUGCUAGGUGGAGGCGUAGCUGUUGGAACCCUUCUUCUUAUUGAGGAGGAUAAAUAUGGCCUUUACUCCAAUUUGUUGUUCAAGUAUUUUCUCGCAGAGGGAAUUGUCUGUGGACAUGACCUGUUUGUUGCUUCUGCCAAAGAGCAUCCUGACAACAUUUUGAAGGAACUUCCAGCCCCUUUGCUUGAUGGUUCCUACAGGAAGGAAUUGGGAGAUGAAGCAGCAGCUGUGAAGUCUGAGGAUGUUCAGGAUUCUAUGAAAAUAGCCUGGCGCUACCAAAAUUUACCAAAAAUGGAGACCAGCCCAACAACAUAUACAAAGUUUGGCCAUUAUUAUGAUGUUUCUAAAAAAAUGUCUCCAGAACUGUGUCAGUCUGUCAAACUGCACAGAUUUUACCUCCAUGAAGAGUUGCCUUCUGAGCCUGAAAUGAAAAUAUGGAAUAUGAACAGUGGUUAUGCAAGGCUGCUUCAGUCCAUUCAGAGGAUCAUUUCUCAGGAGGGCUUUGAUGGCUCUGACCCCCAGAAAAAACAAAGGAACGUUUUGAGGAUAGGAAUUCAGAGCCUGGGUUCCGUCUUGUGGGGUGAUGAUGUUUGUUGCAGCGAUGCUCCCGAGGAUCCUCAGAGCCUGACCAAAUUCCUGUAUGUCCUGCGUGCCCUGCUCAGGAAAUCCCUGUCUGCCUGCAUCGUCACCGUGCCUGCUCACCUCAUCCAGAAUAAAGCAAUUAUGGAACGUGUAACAAACUUGUCAGAUAUGGUGGUUGGUCUUGAAUCAUUUAUUGGCUCUGAGAGAGAAACCAAUCCAUUGUACAAGGAUUACCACGGUUUGGUUCAUGUACAUCAGAUUCCUCGGCUCAAUAGCUUGAUCUGUGAUGUGUCAGACACCAAGGACCUUGCUUUUAGAUUAAAAAGGAAGCAGUUCACCAUCGAGCGGCUGCAUUUGCCUCCAGACUUGUCAGACACAGUGAGCCGCGCGAGCAAACAGGAUCUGGCAGGAUCCGCCAAACUGCUGAGCUCAGGAUGCGGCGCCAUGGCCAUCGGCAAGCAGCACCUGGACUUCUAGUGAUUUCUGCUUAGCAGCCUCGCUCACGUUCAGCUGACACCCUCAUUAGGAGUGUUAAUGGCUUAUAUAAAUAUUUUUCUUAAUGAUUUGACCCAGCAGUCUUUAAAAAUAUGUGUUAUCAUAUGAGGCCUUCCUUUUUUUUCCUUUUUUUUUUCCUUUUUUUUUAAUUUUUGUGUGUGUGUGUUCUCUUUCUUUGUACUAAAUUUGGUCUCAUUUGGGUUUUGCUUUUUGUUAAAUCUUUUUUUCUGUUGGGUCCUGCCAUUGUUCUGCUCCAUUGGAAGCAGGUAAUAUUUUGUUCCUUUACUUAAAAUACAAAAAUUGCAAUUACCCUUUCAAUUUUUUUUUUUUACAUUAAAAAUAAAGGGAUGUUUUUCCCAAAAGGAUUUUUUAUAUGGUUACAUAUAAUAUUUUGUAUGAAUAAUGGGUUUAUUGAAAUAAAGGAAUGGAACUGAUUGAA